CUCAAUAAUGCCUGGAGAGGUUAUAAUGUAUCAUUAUUUUGUUAUGGACAAACCGGAUCGGGAAAAUCAUUUACAAUGGUUGGUCUUGGUAAUAAUAAAGGAUUAGUACCAAGAAUUUGUGAAGAAUUAUUUAAUAUUAUUGAUAAUCGUAAAGGAAUGGAUAUUAAUACUGAAGUUAAUUUAUCAAUGUUGGAAUUAUAUUCAGAAAAUGUACGUGAUCUUUUAGAUACGGAAACUUCGGUCAAAAAGAAAGGUUUAAAAAUUCGUGAACAUCCUGUAAAAGGUUUUUUUGGUAUUUUAUUCAUUUAUCUGUGGUUGUUUCUUUUAAAUAAACAAAGUUUUUUUCAUUACCAAGCUGAAGGACUUAUACGAUGUACAGUAUUAUCACAAAAAGAAAUUAUGGAAAAAUUUGAACAAGGUGUUACGAAUCGUAGUAUAUCGGCAACAAAUAUGAAUGAAACAUCAUCCCGAUCACAUAUGAUCAUAACAAUAACGUUAAGUCAACGUUCAAUGAAUUUGAAUGGUAAUGAAGAAACAAAAACAUCCGUUAUAAAUCUUGUUGAUUUAGCUGGAAGCGAACGAUUAACCGAUUUAGCUGGUGGACGAAAUUCAGUAACUGGUGAUCGAUUUCGUGAAUCCGUAGCUAUUAAUCAAUCAUUAUCAUGUUUAGGAAAUUGUAUACAUGCAUUAGCUGAAAAAGCUAAUGGUCGUAAUGUUAAAGUACCAUAUCGUGAAUCAGUACUAACCCGGUUGUUGAUGAAUGCAUUGGGUGGAAAUAGUAAAACGGCGAUGAUUGCCAAUAUUAGUCCAGCUGAUAUUAAUUAUGAUGAAACACUUUCAACAUUACGUUAUGCCGAUCGAGCAAAACAGAUACAGAAUUUUGCCAAAAUCAACAUCGAUAAUACGGAUAAAAUUAUCAAAGAUCUUAAAGAAGAAAAUGAAAAAUUGAAAAAAUUAUUGGAAAAAGAAGCAAAUCAAUCGGCAGUGGCUGCAGCAACGGCUGCCGCUGCUGCUGCUGAUGCUGCAGCCAACCAAUUUUUUCCAUUGUCCAAAUCAUCGCAGUCCUAUUAUGAUGAUGAUAAAAUCAGAUUAGAAGAAGAAAUUCAAGCAAUAAUGAAAGAAAAUGAAAGAAAAUUAAAUGAAUUACGACAAACAUAUGAAGAACGAUUACAAAGGGAACGUGAUGAUCAAUCACAUAAAGAAUUGGAAGAAAAUCGUAAACAAAUGGAAAAAGAAAAACAGGAAAAAGAAACGAAUCCAUAUUUGUCCAAUCUAAAUUUUGAUGAACAAUUAGUUGAUAAAAUUAUUUAUAUAAUACGUACGGGUACAAAUUUAAUUGGUAAAAGUUCUGAUUGUCCAAUACAGCUAAUGGGUCCAAUGAUACAGGAUCAUCAUGCAGUAAUUAAUCGAACGGAAAAUGAAAAAAUCAUUUUAGAACGUAUUGAUGAUGAAUGUCGUAUACUGUUGAAUGGUGAUAUUGUUACACAUAAAGUUAAUCUUGCACAUAAUGAUAGGUUACUAUUCGGUACAUCACAAUUGUUUGUUUUCCGAAAUCCAUUGGAUAAUCAAAAUUCACAUGGAAAUUCAUUAAAUGUAACAUAUGAAUUAGCACAAGAAGAAAUUGCAUCAAAAUCUGGUUAUAAUUUUCAUAAUGAUGAUAAUUCAUUUGAACAAGCAUUAUUAAAUAAAGAAUUAUUAGAAUUAAUUCCAGCUGUUGAAGAAGCUAAUGCUAUUAGUGAAGAAUUAGAAAAAAUGGUACAUUUUGAAAAUGUACUUGUAUCGCCUAUAUUUUUGGGAAAAAUUGGCCGUAAACCUGAACCAUAUGUACAUGUAUUAAAUUCAAAUACAGGUCAAGAAUUUCUUUGGAGCAAGGAAAAAUUUCUAGAUCGAAUGUAUUUUAUGAAACAAAUGUAUCAUUUUUAUGAAACUGGUGAAGAAGAAUGGGAUGUUCCAUUGGAAGAAGAUCCAUUCACCGAAAAUCUUAAUGCUGAAUGUUUGAUAGGUACUGCACAAUUAUAUUUACAACCACUUGCCUAUAUGAUUGAAAUUAAAGAACAUCUUUCGGUAAAUGAUUUUACUGGACAAGAAAUUGGUGUUAUUAAUAUUGAAAUUAUACCAUGUGAUGAAAAUGGACAAGAAUAUGGUGAACAAGAUGAUGUUUAUGUGGAUACACCACAGGAAUUAUUAGGAAAAUCAUUGAAUUUUAUUGUCAAAAUAAUUGGAUGUCGUGGUUUGCCAAAUAAAUUUACUGAAAUAUAUGUAAAAUAUUUAAUGUUUAUCGAUGAAAAUUAUACAAUUUCGGAUAAAGUUGGCGUAACUGUAAAUCCAAAUUUUAAUUUCAAAAAAUUAUUCCAUUAUAGUCACGUUACACAGCCAUUAAUCGAUUAUUUAAAAGAAGGAAUAUUAAAUAUUGAAAUAUGGGGACGACAAUUACUGAAAUCCGGUUAUUCAAUAACAAAUGGACGUUAUGAAACGGGUAAAGAAAUGCUACAAGAAGAAUUAUCUAAAGCCGGUUCAGAAUUGAUGAAUGGUUUUAAAAUGAACGGAAGGGUCAUCGAUCCAAACAAACAAAGUAUUAUUGUUGAAUUAUUGUUGUUGAAAAAACAGCAGGCACGAAUGCAUCAAAGAAUUGAUAACAUUAAAAAAUUGAUUGAAAUAGCCGAAAAACAACGUUACAGACUAAUACCAGUUGAAAUAUUAAAAGAGCUAAUAUUUACAACAUCAGCCGAAUCGGCUGAUGAUAUACUAUCGAAAAUGUUGAAUGAUGGUUAUCCAAUGAUGAUGAAAAAUACGAAUCAAUCGACAACAUGUACAAUAUCUUGAAAAUAUUUAUUUAUUUAUCAUCAAAUUCUUUGUAUAACCCGGAAUCCAUAUCAUCAUCAUCAUCGACA